UUUAAGGAGUUGGGUUGCUUUUCAUACGGUUACCCUCAGCCCUGAGCGCUGGUUCCGCACUGUGACCUCUCGCAGCAAGCUUUGCGUGGCGACUGCACGAUGGCAGGGUGGGCAAUGAUCUCAGCCAUUGCCCUCAGCCAGGCUUUGAUAGUGCAUCCUCAAACUCAUCUUAAUGUUCAAGAUUUUAGCUACAGUGACUGCCGAACCUCGGGUGUUUUCCACAUCAGCCUGGGGGAUGGUUACAAACUGAACCUGGAACAAGCAAGGAGAGCUUGCCAACUCUUCGACACAGUGCUGGCGACAAAGGCCCAGGUAGAACAAGCAUAUUUGCAGGGAUUUGAAAAGUGCAGGUACGGCUGGGUGGAAGAUGGAUUUGUUGUUAUUCCGAGAAUCACCCCAAGGGAACUGUGCGGACAGAAUAGAACGGGCGUAGUGAUAUGGCCUCAAGACCAAACCUUCAAGUUCGACGCUUACUGCUUCCGAGAGAACGAUUCCAAGAGGGUGAAUGCCUGUGAGCCGUUAGAAAUUCUGCCCACGGCCUCUGUGACAGUGUUGACAUCGGUGGAUACGGAUACGAGGACAGUCCCUGCGUUCAGCUCUGAAACAAUGACCCACUCGGACCCCAGGGUGGCCACCCUGCCUCAGGACUCGAGGACCUCUAUGCUCACCCUGAGUCAAGUGCCGAUGUCAACACAAGUUAAUGAGACAACAGACCCAAAGAGGGACAGAACAUUACUGGGCAAUAGGAUUAUCUACUGCGUGCUGGUCGUGGUGCUCGUUCUCCUUCUGGCCCUCGUGAUUAUCCUGAUUUGCUUCCUGAAAAAACGCAGGAGUUACUCCUACUCGAGCACUAGGCAGCCAAAGGAGAACAUUGAAACAGAAGUGUGGAACCUGAAUGUGAAUGGCACCAGCUCGUCAUGAGGUCCCACGGAGAAGGAAGCAAAGCCUGAGGUCACAGCUUCCAACUCAACCAAGGAGCCACCGCAGCCAGCCAACCAAUGUCCAGGAUCCAAUGUGGGGUUAGAGUCAGCAGACAUGGUCGUACCAAGAACUACACUGAAUGCCGACUACUCGGACAGGGCGUUCUGGAGUCACACAAGCCUCCUCAUAUCCUCCCUUACCACCUUGCAGAUUACUACUUCUUCUUCUGAUAGCCAUCGCCCCCACCCCACCGCAGUCUUCUCUCCUGGCCCAGUCCUUCAUGUUGUCUGCAGGUGUAGCCCAUCUUCCAACAUCUAGACAGAGAUCCUCCCUCUCCCAGGAAUGAUGUCUCUGGGGCUUCUGUUGGCAUUUCUGCAGCUCUGGGUUUUUACGGGAUGUGGCCGCUAGCCCCGUGGCCGAACCCUCCUCCUCACACAGCCGGGAUCGGGACUGUCCUCGGUGCAGUUUACAGAUCGCCUGAACCUUGUGAAUUGUCUUAUUGUCCAGGUUCUGUUAGUGCACACAGAAUCCAAUGUGUUCAUUACUUAAGACCCCAAUGAACUGUCAGUUAACAAACGGCACUGUCUCUUUCAAAGGUUUUGUGGACGGGGAUGGUGUUGGGGGAUAAAGAUGCUUCAUCAAACAGCACAAUGUCUAUUGCUUUAACCCAUCAGCAGAACAUCAGAGGGUGGUGCUGGGUCACCAUGCACCGUGUGGGGUGAUGUGUGUGUGUGUGUGUGUGAGUGUAACUGUGUGUUAGUCCGUGUGUGUGUGUGUGAUGUGUGUGACUGUGUGUAUGUGUGUGUGGUGUGUGAGUGUAACUGUGUGUUAGUCCGUGUGUGUGUGUGUGAUGUGUGUGACUGUGUGUGGUGUGUGUGUGUGUGUGUGUGUUGUGUGUGUGUGUGUGUGUCUACGUGUGAGUGUGACUGUGUGUUAGUCCGUGUGUGUGUAUGUGUGGACGGGAAUAGAAGGAGAGGGUUUGAGGGAAGUGAAGGGAAGAAUGAGGGAGGCAGGAAUCUGAAUGAGAGUGAAUCAGAAGAGGGGAGAGAGUGCGGAGUGCGUCAGAAAGUAAAAAAGACUGAGGAGGAAAUAGGAGAGGGGAGAAAUGUGGUAAGGAGGGAGGGAAGAGUGAACGACUGGGGAGGGAAAAGGAAGUGUGUGAAGGGAGUGAGGGUGUGAGCGGGAUUGGAGGGUAAAAGUGGGAGAAGAUGGUGGCUGCAGACAGCGAGAGUGAGGGGGCAGUAAGAAGGGGAGAGGAAGUAGGGCAAAGUGAGCAGGGUAGGAAGGUGAGGGCUGGCUGAGGGAGGACGACCUCCUUCUCCAUUGUACGUCCAAUUCCUGUGUUCAAAAAGAUCGCCUCUGCCUGGAACUUUAUGCACAGUAUUACAAGGGAUGAUACAGACCCAUUCAGAGCACUUGGGCCAUUAGAACAAAAUGGGUCAUAGAACAGGACAGGACAGCACAGGUAGGCAAUGUGGCCUAUAAUAUUGUGCCAAAUAUGAUGCCAAUUUAUACGAGAGUAAUACACACACAAAAUGCUGGAGGAAUGUUUUGACUGUUUUCAUUUCAACCUGGCUUCACCUAUCACCUUCUAGCAUGUCCCCUUUCCCCUCCCCCUCCUCCUCCUCCUCCUACCUUUCUAUUUGGGCUUCUUCCCCCGUCCUUUCCAGACCUGAAGAAGGGUCUUGACCCAAAACAUCGACUGUUUAUUCAUUUCCAUAGAUGCUGCCUGACCUGCUGAGUUCCUCUAGCAUUUUGUGAGUUGCUCUGGAUUUCCAGCAUCUGCAGAAUUUCUUGUGCCAAUUCAUACCAAAUAUCCUUCUUCUGUGUACCAUCCCUAUCUCUCCAUUCCCUUCAGACGUGUGUCUGUCUAAAGGCCUCUUAAACUCCACCACAUUCCUGCAUCCACAACUACCCCCGGUAACCCUUUCCAGGCAUCGGCCCUGUCUGUAUAAAAAAAACUUGCCCCUCACGACACCUUUAAGCAUCCCUCCUCUGUCCUGAGAAGCAUAUUCUCUGCUGUUUGACGUUUCCACCCUGGGGAGCAGAUCCUAACUGUCUAGCCUGUCUAUAUUUUGAUCCCAUUUGAGCCCUCUAAGCCUCACCAGUACGACCCUCUGUUUCAUACCCCCUGUUGUGUGUGUGACUGGACUCCCAUCUUCCCCCAUUCACCCCAGCCCCUCCCUGUGGGAGGAAAUCCCACUGUCUCACUAUUCUUUGGGUAAAUCCUCUCAAUUCCUCCAUGGAUUUCUUGGUGAUGGCCUCUCAUUCUGCUUUUCUGCAGAACUUGAAAUGGUCUCGCCACAUCCACGCUCUCGAAACCUCUCAAAAUUUCAGGCACCUCGAGCAGGUUAUAGUUUGGACUAAUGCGCCCUAAGUCACUUACAUCCAUUUCCUGUCAAAACAGGGAAUUCGCUCCUUCACAAUGAACCAGAUGGGCCUUUUUCUCCAUGCUGUAUGACCCUUUGACUGUUUAUUCCAGCUUAAGCUUCUCAAGAAAGUUUGUGGCUAGUUUGUAUUAGAGUUUUUGUUAUGAACCAGAUGGGCCUUUUUCUCCAUGCUGUAUGACUCUUUGACUGUUUAUUCCGGUUUAAGCUUCUCAAGAAAGUUUGUGGCUAGUUUGUAUUAGAGUUCUUGUUAUGGAUUUGGAAUCUGAAAUUGAUUUUACGUGGGAUCCAGAUGUGUCAUGGUCAUAUUGCAGUUAGUUUAAUGCUGUUACAAUUGGGGUAGCCAUGUUCACAGUUCAAUUCUGACAUCCUCGAUAAGAAAGUUUGUGGGUCCUUCCUGUGUGCAUGUGGGUUUCCUCCCACAGUCCAAAGACAUGCUAAUUAGUAGGUGAAUUGGUCAUUGUAAAUUGUCCAGUGAUUAGCCUAGGGUUAAAUUGGGGGUUACUGAUUGACUCAAAGGACUGGAGGGGCCUGUUCGGCUCUGUAUCUCAACAAAUAAGCAAAUCAAAUGACACAUUUUUAAUCUGCUGUAGAAGACCAAGAUGAUUUUAAUAAAUAAGAUGCUCUUUAAGUCCACAUAUGACGAGAAAGAUUGCAAAACUGUGUUCUCCUGAAACUAACCCUCAGUUUUUGUAAAAUAUGUACACGUCUUUGUUUCCUUUCCAAAGGUAAUUGGUUUAAUGUUCUGAAUGCACUGUGUAACUUAGCAAGAGUUUAAAAUGUAAUGAAAUGUAAUAUUCAGUGUUGUUUGAGCAAGAGCCCUUAUAAGGACAAAAUUAUCUUAAAUGUCUCUUUACCAAACACUUAUUUUCAGAUCUAAGACUAUAUUAAUAAAAACUAACUAUAAUCUAUGCAUUGACUUACAGUUAUUUGGUAAAUACUCGGUGUAGAACAACACACACAAUGCUGGAGGAACUCAGUAGGUCAGGC